AUGUCGACCCAACAAACUGCCAAGACCCAAUAUGUCCAGAGUCCUACCGGGACCAAGUACGCCUACCGCCGCAUUGGAGCAGCUACGGGAACUCCUUUGAUCUGUUUAGGCCAUUUCAGGUCUACAAUGGAUCACUGGGAUCCAUUGUUGAUCAAUACUAUUGCUGCGCGCCGGAACGUGAUUCUCUACGAUUAUCCUGGCGUAGGUCGGAGCACCGGGCAAGUUGCUUCAACAAUCCGCCAGAUGGCUGCUGACGUGCACACUUUCCUCGGCCUAAUUGGGAUCGUAGAAAUUGAUGUUCUGGGAUUCAGCAUUGGUGGAAUGGUAACCCAACUCGUUGGACUCAACGCCCGGGAGUAUGCUGCUCAGGCUUAUUGGGAGAGAAUCCACGAGCUAGGCGUGGAGAGCUCUGGUGAAGAGUACGUUAAAUUUCUCAGUGACGGUCUGACUGAUGGAGGCGACGGCAUGAACACAAUGCGCAACGGUAUUACCGAGUUCUUUACGCCUGAGACUUCCCAAGGUCUCAACGGAUCCUAUGACAGACUUGCGGAGUUGAAGAUGCCAGUUCUGGUUGCGAACGGCCAUGACGAUUAUAUGCUCCCCACCGUCAACAGUUGGGUUAUUCAGCAAAAAGUACCCAAUGGAACUCUCAUUGUUUACCCGCGAAGUGGACACGGCUUCCUCUUCCAUUUCCCAACCCAAUUCGGUAGGGAUCUGCUGAACUUUUUGGAGUCUUGGACUUUUGGUUCCAUGACCUUCCCUUGGUGA